UUGAUCCAGCAGCAAGAGGACACGCUCACUCAAAACUCAACAAUGUUGAGUAAACGAUCAUUAUUAGCGGCUCUGCUCUCUGUGGCUGUUGGAGUUUACCUGCUGCCCUCUCCCAUAGACCCCAAACCACAUGUGGCCCCCCCCCCAGCCCUCGAGGGGCCCCUGGCUGUGAACACCCUGCUGCAGAAGGGCCGCAGGCUGUUUGCUGGUAAACUUCACGGACCAGAAUCCUUCACUGCUGAUCAGGAGGGGAACGUGUUCACGGGCACGGUGGACGGGAAGCUAUGGAGGAUCGCCCCUGACGACAGCCUCACACUCCUCACACACAUGGGACAGGACCUGCCAGAAUGUGGCAGCAGCACGGACUACGAGCCGGUGUGCGGCCGUCCUCACGGAGUCCGUCUGGAUCGUCACGGUCAGCUGAUCGUGGCUGACUCGUACCUUGGUCUGCACAGCGUCGACCCCAAAACUGGAGAGAAGACCCUGCUGCUGGCUAACUCACAAGGUGCUGCUGGCGUUCCCUUCGCCUUCCUGAACGGUCUGGAGAUUUCCUCUCAGACGGGGAUAAUUUAUUUCACCGAUUCCUCCAGUCGCUGGGGACGCAGACAUGUCACCCUGGAGGUGAUUGAGCUGAACAGCCUCGGGCGUCUCCUCUCCUUCGACCCGCAGACAGGAAGUGUGACGGUUCUGCUGGGCGAUCUCUACAUGCCCAACGGCAUCGCUCUGUCACCUGACGAGCACUUCCUGUUGCUAGCGGAGACGAGCAUCGGACGCAUACUGAGGUUUUGGCUGAAGGGCCCAAAGGCCGGCACCAAGGAGGUCGUCAUGGACAACAUGAUCGGUUACCCCGACAACAUCCGCCGUAGCGACCACGGCACAUUCCUUGUUGGCAUAACGACACCGAGGUUCCGGAAGAUCACCCCUCCCUUCCUAGACAUGAUCGCCCCGUACCCCGCCGUCAAAAGAUUCCUGGCAAAAGUGAUUCCUCUGAGCUGGUACCGCGUCCUGCUGCCUCGCUACGCCCUGGUCCUGGAGCUGGGGUCUGACGGGGGGCUGGUGGGCUCGCUGCAGGACCCCGAGGCCCGCCUCACCUGGGCCAUCAGCGACGUGUUCCAGCACCGCGGGAGGACGUACCUGGGCAGCACCGACCUGCCCUUCCUGCCCGUCCUGGAGGGGGGGGGGAAACUGAUGACGGACAGCUGAUGACGGACAGCUGAUGACGGGCCGCGGCAGGAAACUUAACGUAGGAUUAAUGUUUUUAUUUCUGGACUGUUGUGAUCGGGCAGCUAUGAGGAACUGUGUGGUUCUUCUGGAUUUUACUUGUUAAGGUUUUUAGUGGCUGUUCGCCCCUGGAGCAACGUGCAGAUGUUGCAUUGAUCACACCUGGAUAUUUUGGUUUGAGGUCAGACCUUUUCACACACUAACUGAGAGAAGAACUGAGAAACUGUGAAGACAUUUUAAGAAAAGUAAACGUUUCCGUGGGAGCAAUAACACAAGUGAUAACAUGCUGAUUCAUAGAAUGUAAUUUAUGUUUUAAUUUCCCCAGGAACAUUGAGCUAAAACCAUAUCAUAUAACUAAAAUACUGUACAUUAAAAUAUAGAAAUGAAGUAAAAAAUACUCCACCCAUUCAUCAUCACACCGUCUGCAGAAGACACCUUUAUCCAACUGGAAUACAUCUUCCAAAAUAAACUCUUGUUAUUUUA